UUGUAUUUCAGAAGUUACUACGUGCCUUUCCUUCUUGAUCUCAGAACGAAGAUCGCCGUUGCCAUAUUAUUUAUAGUGUAUGUAGUGAUAUCAGUCUAUGGUAUAACAGUAAUGGAACAGGGUUUGGAUUAUGACAAAUUGCUUCUACAAACCGACCCUCUGGUCGAAGCAUUUGCCAGAGAAAUUGAACUUUUCCCCAGUGGAGAUCAGAUUGCCAUCAAAAAUGCACCAGACAUGUCUAUCCCAGAGAACAGAGAUCGGAUUGAGCAGAUUGCCCAGAAGUUCGAGCAGAUCUCCUACAAAUACCUCAAGUACGCGAACUUGACUGGUUCCUUCCUGAAUGACGACCGCGAAUCUUGGGUAAUUGGAGUUUACGAAUGGUCCCAACUGUUCGCUUUCUACAAACUCUGGUCCCAAGACUUCGUCUGGGCAAACACCUCCGACUACGACCACUUGUCGUUGGUGUCGUUUCGAUUCCGAAUUGGUCUCCACGACCUCAACACUCCAACAGAUCUUGUGAUGGUGACCGAAGAAGUGAGGAACUUGGCAGCUCAACAUCCUGACCUAGAGAUUUUCACAUACCAGUACAGCCGUGCGAUUGCUGACCAGCUAAAUGUAAUCCUGCAGUCUACUAUCCAAAACGACUCCUUGGCUGUCGUUUGCAUGAUCCUUAUCAGUCUGCUCUUCAUUCCAAAUCCGUUGUGUACAUCUGUGCAUCGGUUUCUGUCACUGUGGGGCGUGAAACUCGAUCCGAUUUUCAUGAUUACUAUCAUAUUAAGUAUUGGCUUCUCUAUCGAAUUUUCAGCUCACGUCACACAUGGUUUCGUCAGCAAUGAGGAGAACUUAUCACCAAAAGAGAGAUGUAUAAUAGCGAUGGAAAAGCUUGCGUGGCCAGGUUAG